UAAGGCCCCAGCUUUCAUUUGCUGGGCUUUUGUCAGUGUUAAUACGAUCGGCUGAACGAUUUCUCUCUCUCUCUCUCUCGCCGGAAUUCAAUCUCAUCGUCACAGAGAAGGGGGGAAAAAGGCUGUGACUUCCCCAGACAUUUUUUUAAACAAACAUUCAUCUCUUCCCACUCCCCACCUCCUCAAGAAAAUGUCCAGAGAAACACUGAUUUAAUCAGUGCCCAGACAGGACGGGGGAGAGAGAGAGAAAGAGAGAGAGAGAGAAAGGGAAGCUAACUUGGUAACAAUUAAACGGGUCUAUAGGACUCAUGAACAGAUACAUGCCCGCUCAGGAACCUUAACAAGUGGUCCUACCAAGAAAGCUAUUUUGGGGGAGGAAUUGUCAGUAUCUCCUGGAAGUUCAUGUCAUUGGAGAUGGGGUGUUGGAAGUCGAGAAGUUGGCUUAUGGGAGCCGGCGUUAUUUUAAUGGCCACAGUACUACACCAGUGUUCAACUAAUCCAACAGAGAAUGUAGUCGACGUCUUGCAGGUUCUGAACCUCCAGGACUCCUUGGAAGGAGUUGUGAAUGUUGCGGGAUUUUGUACGCAGCGAAAAGGAUCUGAAGACACUGAUAUUGCUCUCCGGAUAGAGAACAAAACUUACUUUAACGCCCUAACAACACAAUUAUUCCCAGAUGGAAACUUUCCUGAGAACUUCUCCAUCCUAACGACACUUAAGGCCAAGAAAAACUCCCAGUUCUUCCUCCUCUCUGUUUACAAUGACCAGGGCAUCCAGCAGCUGGGAGUUGAAAUUGGUCGCUCUCCUGUCUUCCUGUAUGAAGACCAGACAGGCAAACCGACCCCUGAGGAUUACCCCAUCUUCAAAAAAAUUAACCUGUCCGAUGGCAAGUGGCACCGACUAGCCAUCAGCGUUGAAGGAAAGAAUGUCACGCUGAUCGUCGACUGUGACCAGCAGAUCUCAGAGCACCUCGCAAGGAGUGACAGCCCCGUGGUCAGCACCAAUGGAGUCACGGUCUUCGGUACCAGGAUACUGGAGGAGGAGGUGUUUGAGGGUGAUAUUCAGCAGCUACUAAUGUCCCCGGACCCCAAAGCAGCGUACACCUACUGUGAGAGUUACAUCCCUGACUGCCACACCCCUCUGCCCUACCCCCUGCAGUCUCUGGCAACUUCUUACGAUGAUGAGACAACGACCUCUCGACCCCGCCACAAAAAAAAGAAGAGGGAUCGCAAACGCUCUAAAAAGAAGGGCAAGGGCAGAAAGAAAUCGAGAAAAAAUCGCAAAAGGAAGAAGAAAGAUCGGGCUGCCCGGCAAAAGAUAGAAACAUUUGGGGUUAGGGAACAGGAUACUGAGCUCCGUUCAGUGGAAGAAGUGGACAACGUCUACGAUUAUCUUCUCGGUCCGGAAUAUUACACGGAUUUGGACUCAGCCAUCUAUAAUGCCUCUCUAGCUGCUACUGCUGUCGUGGAGGAAAAUGUCACGGAUCAUGAGACGAUGUGGGAGAUCACUGGGGAGUCGGAAGAUCCCAUCACAGAUGAUCACCAUGAGUACAACUGGCAUCACUACAAUUACUAUGACAAUGAGUUCAAGGACCCUUGGACCCGAGAAGACAAUGAAACACAACAGCCAAGGGAGCGGGGCCAGAAGGGAGAGAAAGGGGAGCCUGCGAUUUUUGAACCUGGAAUGCUCUUGCCUGGACCCCCAGGACCUGUAGGACCUCAGGGUUCUCCAGGACCCCCUGGCUUCCCCGGAGCUCGAGGACAUCCUGGCGAUCCUGGAGAAAUUGGUCCUCCAGGAAGACCCGGUCUUCCAGGCGUCGAUGGAAUACCAGGACCCCCAGGAACCAUGCUGAUGUUUCCGUUCCAGUUUGGUGGGAGUGGAGCCAAAGGACCAGUCGUCUCAGCCCAAGAAUCUCAGGCCCAGGCUAUUCUCCAGCAAGCAAGGCUUUCUAUGAAGGGUCCAGCAGGUUCGAUUGGUCUCACGGGAAGGCCGGGACCUAUGGGUCCCCCUGGAUUCAUUGGCCUAAAAGGUGACUCUGGUGAAAUGGGUCCAAAGGGUCCUCCUGGUGUGUUGGGACCUCCAGGUGCUCCUGGAAGAACUGGAAGAAGGGGUCGGCCUGGAGUAAAUGGAGUCCGAGGGUUACCUGGUGAGCCGGGAGUAAAGGGUGACAGGGGGUUCGAUGGUUUGCCUGGACUGCCUGGGAGAAAGGGCCAUCGGGGUGACUUCGGUCCAAAGGGCCCCCCUGGCCCUCAUGGCAAUGAUGGACUCAGGGGAGCAGAUGGAACAGUAGGGCCCAGAGGGUUGCCCGGUGAGCCGGGUCCGCGUGGUCUACCUGGACCAAGAGGAGCCAUUGGCACCCCUGGACAACAGGGAAUUACCGGCACUGAUGGUGCCCGAGGCCCAAAGGGAAACCAGGGCCCUCAAGGUGAUCCCGGACCAGUAGGGCAACAAGGUGACCCAGGACCUCAGGGUUUUCCUGGACCUCAAGGCCCCAUCGGUCUUCCCGGAAACAAAGGACCUCCAGGCAAGCAAGGACUGCCAGGACUUAUUGGAGCAGAUGGUCCACCGGGUCACCCUGGUCGAGAAGGCCCAGCAGGUGAAAAGGGAAACAUGGGUCUUCUAGGUGCACAGGGUCCAAUAGGAUAUCCUGGAGUUCGAGGUGUCAAGGGUGCGGAUGGAGUCAGAGGACUGAAGGGGCACAAGGGUGAGAAGGGGGAAGAAGGAUUCCCUGGCUAUAAAGGUGACAUGGGUCCCAAAGGGGAUAGGGGCAAUGCUGGUUUGAUAGGUCAGCGUGGCGAGGAUGGUCUGGAAGGGAUCAAAGGGCAGAUGGGUCCCCCUGGCGAACGAGGAUCACGAGGACCUGCCGGUGAAAAGGGAAAUCUGGGAGUUCCGGGCCUGCCAGGAUAUCCAGGACGUAAAGGGCCAAAGGGCUCUUUCGGUUUUGUGGGACCUCCUGGAUUAUCCGGAGAAAAAGGCAGGAGGGGGAGAGCUGGUCCUCAAGGAAGUCAAGGAGCACGGGGCCCUGUGGGAGAGCGAGGUGAGAGAGGGCAGAGAGGACCCUCAGGAAAACCAGGCGCCAAGGGAAAUGCUGGUAUUGAUGGUCCCCAAGGUGUACCUGGUGAAAAGGGACCUCCAGGACCUCAAGGUCUGGCAGGAUUCCCAGGACCCAAAGGACCUCCGGGACCUCCGGGGAAGGAUGGGAUCCCGGGCCACCCAGGACAACGUGGCGAAUCUGGUUUCCAAGGCAAGAACGGACCACCUGGUCCCCCUGGCGUUGUUGGACCCCAGGGUUCCUCAGGUGACAGUGGGCCAGUUGGUGAACGUGGACAUCCAGGGGCUCCUGGUCCCCCAGGAGAACAAGGCAUUCCGGGAACUGCUGGGAAGGAAGGCACAAAGGGAGACCCAGGUCCAAUCGGUCCUCCCGGAAAACCUGGUCCAACAGGCUUACGGGGAUUUGAGGGACCCAGGGGCUUACCAGGAGAACUGGGCGCACCUGGAUUGAAAGGAGGAGAGGGUCCUCCUGGUCCUCCUGGUCCGAUGGGAUCCACCGGAGAACGUGGCCUCAAUGGUCCAGUUGGUGCCAUAGGGCUUCCUGGUCGAUCUGGUGGUCUGGGACCCCCAGGCCCUAUUGGAGAGAAGGGAGCCCAGGGUGACAAGGGCCUUAUGGGCCCUGCUGGUCAGGAUGGCGUCCAGGGUUCCUUGGGUUUGCCAGGGCCACCUGGCUCCCAGGGCCUUCCCGGAGAUGAUGGGGACAAGGGGGAGCUGGGAAGACCAGGACAGAAAGGCAGCAAAGGAGCGAAAGGAGAAGCAGGUCCUCCAGGCCCAAUGGGGAUUCAAGGCCCAAUUGGACAACAUGGUCCCAUUGGAGCUGACGGUGAACCCGGUCCGAGAGGGCAGCAAGGCAUGCGAGGUCAGAAAGGUGACGAGGGCAUUCGAGGAUUUCCAGGACCCCUUGGUCCUACUGGGCUCCAGGGAAUGCCUGGGCUUCCUGGAGAGAAAGGUGAAAGUGGGAAUGUUGGAUUCAUGGGUCCAUCCGGUUCCCCUGGUGCAAGAGGACCUCCUGGGCCCAAUGGUGGCACUGGACCUCCCGGCAUCCCAGGAGGAGUUGGUUCCCCAGGAGCAGUGGGUGAGAAAGGAGAGAGGGGCGACGCUGGAGACCCAGGUCCACCUGGUGAGCCAGGCAUUGCUGGUAUAAAAGGUGAACUCGGUGAGAAAGGUGACACAGGCCGUCCAGGAGCAGCAGGACCUGCAGGGGAUAAAGGUCCUCCAGGUGAAGAUGGAACCAAGGGCAACAUAGGUCCUGCUGGUUUCCCAGGUGAUUCAGGCCCCUCAGGUGAACCCGGUGUACCGGGUGUGGAUGGUGCAUCUGGAGAGAAGGGCAGCAUUGGAGAUCCUGGUCUGAGGGGUCCAAUCGGGGCAUCAGGUGAACCAGGACCCCCUGGCCCACCUGGAAGACGAGGUCCUCCUGGGCCAUCAGGUCCCGCAGGUCGAGAGGGCCAGAAGGGCUCAAAGGGCUCACCUGGGCAACCAGGCCCCGUUGGUAGGACUGGGCCGAGAGGACCUCAAGGAUCGCCUGGCAACCCUGGGCCUGAAGGUCUGAGAGGGAUUCCUGGGCCUGUUGGAGAACAGGGUCUUUCUGGGCCACCCGGUCAGAAUGGACCCCCUGGUCCUAUGGGACCUCCUGGUAUGCCAGGUCUGAAGGGCAAUCAAGGAUUAAAAGGCGACAAGGGACGUACUGGUAUGAUUGGCCUGAUUGGGCCUCCCGGUGAGAUGGGUGAGAAGGGUGAUCGAGGCCUCCCAGGGAACCAAGGAAAACCAGGUCCCAAAGGAGAUGUUGGACUCGCAGGGCUCAGUGGGCCCAUAGGACCCCCAGGAUCUCCUGGAUUACCGGGUCCACAGGGUGAGAAAGGCUCUAAAGGUUCAGAAGGACCUGUUGGUCUGAGAGGCGAUGAUGGACCUCCUGGCCCUCCUGGCCCACCUGGCCCCCCUGCUGAGGUAAUCCAGCCACGACCACUGUACAAGCAGAAGGCCAAGAGACACACUGAGGGUGAGCAGGCCGACGACAGUGGGGCAACAUUUCCUGACUACACCGAGGGCAUGGAGGAGAUCUUUGGGGCUCUGUCCUCACUGAAGGAUGAGGUGGAGCAGCUGCGACGUCCGGUUGGAACACAGGACAGUCCUGGGCGAACCUGCAAGGAGCUUCAGAUCUGCUACCCACACUAUAAAGACGGUGAUUACUGGAUUGACCCGAAUCAGGGAUGCGCAAAGGACUCCUUCAAGGUCUUCUGUAACUUCACUGCGGGGGGAGAAACCUGCAUCUACCCUGACAAGAAGACUGAAGGUGUUAAGGUUUCCGCCUGGCAAAGAGACAAACCAGGAAAUUGGUACAGCAAAUUCAAACGUGGCAAACAGCUAACGUACACCGACUCCGACGGUAACCCUGUGCACGUGGUUCAGAUGACCUUCCUCCGCCUUCUGAGUGCCACUGCACGACAGAGGUUCACCUACAACUGCCAGCACUCCAUCGCCUGGUACGACAUGACCACACAGAGCUACCAGAGGGCAGUGCGGUUCAUGGGAGCCAAUGGCGAAGAGUUGUCGCACAACAAGACAUCAUACAUCCAUGCUGUCUACGAUGGCUGUAAGCUGAGGAAAGGUUCUGAACAAACAAUCCUACAGAUUGACUCUCCGCGAGUUGUUGACCUGCCCAUCAAGGACGUGGCCGUGACCGAUUUUGGCGAGCAUCAGCAGAAGUUUGGGUUUGAGGUUGGCCCAGUGUGUUUCAACAGCUAAACCUCAGGAAACAAACUUUGGGCCCAGCCUUUCAUCCCUUUCCUUUCAUUAUGCAAAAUGCACAUUCUCUUUGUUGUCUAUUGUGUCUUUAUUAACCACGCUACAGAUGGGGUAUUUUUUUUAUUGUGUAUGAGUAACAAUAAAUAAUUGCUGCCCUUGUAGGGCCAAAAUGUUAUGACCUGUGAAGAGGCCAAGUCAACGAAUGACAUAAAUGGGAUUUUCCCAAUUCCGUGUCCAUCAGCAAUGAGGGUCUUCCUCCAAAUACCCUUCAACACCCCAAGAGGCCUUGAACACCGAAUAUCUUCCUGUCACAAAGAGUUCUUCCUCUAGCAAGAUUUGGCCAUUAGCUUAACUCUUUUACGUGUGGACAUUGAUCUUUGAAAUAUUAAACAGUGGACAUUGGGAUCUAGAGAUACUCGUAGCUUUACUCUGCUGUCUCGGUAAAGAAGAAAACAGAAUAUCAAAUGAUAUACGUUGUAUAGACUCCUUCUCCAAUGUUCGGAGUUCCUUGUAUGUUGUUGAGGUAUAGCAGCAUAAUAGUUAUGGUACUUGACUGGUGUCUAUAAGACUAUUGAUCCAGAAAUAUGGAUUUAAAUCCAUUUGAGGCAAUAAAUAAAUUUGUAAGAAAUGAAAUCUUCUAUCAUUUUCAAGAACUUUGUAUUGCUUUAAGGCCCAUCCGGCUUCAGGUAAGGAAAGCUGUCUGGCCUGGACCGCAUGUGCUUUGUUCUUAUCUACCUUUUGAAGCUGGAAGGAUAAAAUGUGGCAACUGUGAACAAAAGGAAAGACUUGUUCAUUGCUCCCUGAAGCUUUAUCAAAGGCUCUUUCAUGAAACAUAUUCAUCCCAUCCAUUCAAGCACUCACAAGUCCAUGAAAUGCUAGAUUACCUUGUGCCCACAGACCAGCAGAGCAAAGGGGAAUAUGUGAUUUAGUUCUGAUGUGACAGGUUUCUAGACGUCAUCUGAUGCUCCAUGGGUUGCUCAUGAUGUUUGUAAUAGAGCCUUGGUUCCCCCAUUUCUACAGAAAGUAGAUUCAUUCUAAGUCACCACACACCUCCUUGUGUGUUCCUGUGCUAUCUCAGACAAUUUUCUGAAGGUCCCAUUCCACUUUUUCUUCAAGUUAAAUGUGUCAGCAGAGGUAAGAGCACUAGAAGUGAAGCUGGGUUGUGUGUUUAUUCUCAUCAGUGCAGACAUUCUCCCCACAAUGAAUCUGUUACAUUUUCAAACUUUUGGUCACUCCUUCCACUUGGACGUACAUGACUUUUUCAACUUAAAUGUCUAUGUUCCCGACAAAUUCACAAUUUGCAGUUGGAGUUUGACAUAGUCCUGUAAGAUUCAGCCAUUAUUCAGAAUGGUACAUUAUGUGAAAUUUAUUGUUAGUCACAAGGGUAAAACUAACAUUAUAAACCAGCUUAUGUUCUUCUUCUGGAGUUUAGUUUGAUUAACUUCAGUGGAGUGGAGAUUCUGAAGUAGUGCCUCACACACAUUCCAAAUCAAACAAUCAAAAUAAAUGCUGUGAUUAAAGAGGACUUUCUCCAAGUAUCCGUUACUGCCACUGGAGGCCUUGAGCAUCAACCUUGACCAUUCUCCCAGGAUCAGUGUCUAGCUAAUCAGAAACGCAAGAAAUAAAGUAAUUCUCUGCAAAAUUCUGCACCUAACCUUUACUUGCAAUUUAGCUUUAACUUGUGCUAAAUGUUAUUUAAAGAGAUGUUUCCCUGCAUCAGUAUUAAUACAGUCAAUUGCUGCGUCUCUGAACCCCAUCAUUCCUGGUCUCAUUAGAAAUUGACCUUGUCUUCCUCUCAGUCCACUAUUCCUGGUGUCUUCCUGAUGAGAGAAAGGAAAAGGAAGAAAAGAAGAUUUGCUUUCUUUGUUCAAAGUUAUAAUGCCCUGACUGGAAGGGUGGUAACCGACAGUAAUUUGCAAAGGGAACUGGUUCAGUAUCAGAAUGAGUGAAAAUGACCAGAAAUCCUGCAAAAAGGCAGGGAAACGGGCAACUUUGUUGGCAUGAAUGAAUUGGCCCAAAGAGCCUUUUUCCAUGCUGCAUAAAUCUGACUUUAUUCAGAUGGUACUUAUAUGGGGCUGGCACAAGUGAGAAGGGCUGAUUGGCCUUCUGUUGCUGCAUCACUCUGUACUAGGAUAAAGAAUGAGCUUUCAACUGUAAGCAGCUCUUCUGUAACACAGGAUGUCAGUCGAAUGCACUCUAGCUAUACUAAUAACACUCCUUGAAAGGCAGGUGUCAUGUAAAACAGUUGGCAGUGGGUUGGAGUGACCUGUUGAGGAUUUCAAUUGAAUAACAAACACUUCUGUAAGUAGGAUGGUUGUUUCUGUAUCUGCCAGCUUCAUACUUUGAUAAUACUGGCCCAUCUCCCGUGAGACAGUCAGACUCAUGAGAUGAACCAUUCCAACUAGGAUCAGGUCUACUGGGGGUGGAUGAAUGGGGUCUGAUGCCAGUGAUGUCUAUACCACACGUACAGUGAGAUCAGAUGAUUGUUAAUAUUACAAAAAGAUAGGGCAAGAAAGGUUAAGUUACCACACAACAGUCCAGAGACAUGAGGCUGUGUUCCACAUGAGGCUGAUGAGAGUUUAAUUUAUUGAAUAGGUUUCUGGAAAAUAUAAGCUACCUAUGAGAUAAUUGUCUAAAAACCUAUCAAAAAUUGGAGAAACUGAAUGGGUCAGGCAGCAUCCAACAAUGACAGGUCUUAUCUACAAUGUCAACUGUCCAUUUCCCUCCAAAGAUGCUGCCUGACCCAUUGAGUUCUUGCAGUGCCUUUGUAUGUUGCUUCAGACUUCCAGUAUCUGCUGUCUCUUGUUUCUCUCUGUUCAGGUAAUUCCGCUGCCCAUCUCCAGCUUUGUGUCCAAAUGCCGGAGUUGGAUACACAGAAUGUUUCCAAAAGAGAAAGCCUCUAGUCUAGGGUAGAAGGUGUAAUGCUACCAGCCACCACAGGCUCUGAGUCUGACUGUACACAGCUAAAUGGAAUGAAGGGUUUCUGCUUACAUCAGCCUGUGGAGCAGUCGGAUCCCCCCCACCCCCUACCCACCCUAUGAGUGAAAAAUACUUACCUCCACUCCCCUUUUACCCUUAUAAGAACCACUUUAAACCAAUAUUCCUCAGGUUUUGACUGAGGGAAGUGGGGCCUUCCUAUUCAAUGUAACUACCCCUCAUAAUUUUAUCUCACCUUCAUCACCCUGUUCAAAAGAAAUGAUACUUAUUUAUACAGUCUUUCUUCACAGCUGCAGUCUUACAGUUGGGAUAUUUUUCUUGUAAAUUUCCUUUGCAUGGCCUCUAGCACAAUUGCAUUGUUUCUGUUGUCUGUUGGCCAUGCCUUAUGUAGGUAGUUAUUCAUUCAGGGUGGCAUAACCUUCAGGAGUGGCAUGUUUUACUCUUGCAGCACCUAUACCUCCACAAGAUCAUAGCUUGCACCUGAAAUGCCAGCUUCCUACCCUUUCCCUGAAACUAAUUACUCUAACACCCGAAAACAUGUCAAUCUCGUUUACCACUAACCAAACUGCACAGCCCCGUGGGGUAGAGAAUUCCAAACGUCUGCUGUCUACUGCGUGUCAAAGUUUCUCCCGAGAGCAUCCCUCUGUCAGCUUGACCUACUGGGUGUUUGCAAUAUCAGUUUGUUGUAUUGGCAUCAUACACUGACAAUGUCAACAGUGCCCACACCCUGUGAUGGAAAAUUUUGCAAUGGACCUGUAGCUAAUCUUUGAGGCUGAGAUCAUAAGUCAGGAUUUUUUUUUAACUCCCUAUAUCUACUAGAAUUGGAGGGAAUCUCACCCUCUGUGUUAGAGGAAGAGAGGAAGAAACGUUAUUUGAAUCUCCAAGUCCACAGUGCUGGAUGUAGUGCCUCAUUGGAAAAUUGAAAACUCAAAAAUGAACACACAGGCUCACCAGGUUCUACCUAUAUCUUGGCCUGCUGUUCAGUAAUUGAAAGUUUCAUUAAAGGAAGGGCAUUCAAAUUUAUUCCUUUGGUCUCAUCAGAGGAUUCAAAAUUGUACAAGUUUAUCACAUAUCAAGGUCCUAACUUGAGAUUAUGAGUUUGUAUAGAAAGGCCAUUUUAGCUGUUUGGACAAACAGGUCAAUGUAAGCCAAUAUUCUCGAUAUUUCCUCCAAUUCUUCUUGGUCAUACUGUGAUAUGGUGAUUCUUCUUACAACAAAAGUGGAGUAGAUUUUAAAUGGUGCUAAUCACAAUAUACCAAAACUGUAUUAAACUGUGUUGCUUAACUGUUUUUUGUUGCAAAGAUAAUUUAUGGAGUUGUGUUAUUUUUAGAUGCUUCUUGAAUGUUGGCAUAAUUUAUUUCGGUUUAAGAUGCCUUUGUGUACAUAAGUAAUUUUGUUUUAAAAAUGGAUUUGAUCUAUUAAGCCAAGGGCCAGAGCUAGAAAUUCACAUUAAUAUUUAAGAUCAGUAGCCUCGGGCUAUUUAGAUAUUGUCUGCCUUGAAACCUGUUCUCUUGAUUACUUACCUUACCCAUUUUCGUAAGCCAACUACCUUGAUGGCUGGGAUGCAAGAUUCACCUAAGAUGCUAUAUAAAAAAAAUCCCAUAGCUGUAAGCUAUCUCUGGGGGAGGGAGAGAGAGAGAAUAAACUCGGUGUUCUGCUACACACACACACACACACACACACACACACACACACACAAUCAUAGAGUGCUACAGCACAGGAACACACCCUUCAGCCUGUCAUAGUCCAUUCCAAACUGUUAUUCUUCCUAGUCCCAUCAACCUGCACUCAGACCAUAGCCUUCUAUACUGUGUACUUCUCCAGUUCUCUUAAAUGUUGAAAUCACAUCCACCCCUUCAACUGCCAGCAAGUUCAACACUCUCACUAUCCUCUGAGUGAAGAAGUUCUACCUGAGGUUCCCAUUAAAUAUUUCAACCUCUACCAUGACAUGCAGCAAGACCAUGGACAGCUGCAAUUUAAACGGAACCUCCUUUGAAUAUUGCCUUCCUUAUUUUUUUUGGGAGGGUGGGGGAGUGUGUAAAGUCAUUGACAUUUUUCAUCAUGACAAUGGACUCCAGCUUCCCAGUUGGUUAUUUUACACCAAAACGGGCGUUGUGGAGGAGAAGGCUUUUGGGCUAAUUGAGCCAAUGGAAAUUCAAUAAAGACCAAUCUCAUUGGUCCUUUCCUCUCUCACACUAUGUGCUCACCAUUAGUCACCCUACAAAGAAGUGAGUGAAGGGGAACAUUGCAAAGGAGUGUCUGACCUCCCAUCCUUGAUAUUGACUUACCAGAACUCUGCCAGUUGUAUCUUCUCUCCAGGUACUUCGCUGUCAUCUAGACAGUACCCAAAAUGUUCAUGUCCAUCUCCAUCCACAGAAGCUGCCUGACCCACGGAGUCCCUCCUGUAGCUUGUUGCUCCAGAUUGCAGUGCUUGGUGUCUGUUGUGUCUCCACCUGCUCCUCUGUCCUCAUCCUGAUGCUGAAAGUUGAAACAUAAAACUUCCAACCCUCUAUAGCCUCCUCCAGCCUUCCCCUGGCCUCAUGCACACCCCCAUUUUCCCAGCUCCCUUCACCCCACCAAGUAGUAAGCUGAUGGUCCUGGUUGUUCGGUCAUUAGAACAUUAAACAGUACAACACAGUAUAGGCCCUUCAGCCCAUGAUGCCGUACCAACCCAAUAAACUAUUCCAAAAUCAAUCUAAUUCUUCCCUCCCACAGAGCCCCCCAUUUUCCUUUCAUCCAUGUGCCUAUCGUAGAGUCUCUUAAAUAUCCCUAAUGUAUCAGCCUGAACCACCGUUCUCUCUCUAAACCUCACUCUUUUCUUCCAAUGUUCUUACCCACUUUUAACAAUUGGCUUGGUGCCAGAGAGAGUUUUCAAAUCGUGCAUUGCAUGAAUCAGAACAUUUGUGUAGGUGCACUUUUAAGAUUGUGGAGCUACUGAUCUUUGAGGUUCAAAAACCCAAAAUUAAAGGGAAUUUCUUCCUCACCCUGGAUGCUACUGUAUAUAAACUUGCCACUAUAUCCUAUGCCAUUCUGUAACCUGCUGCAUGCUGCAAGAGACUUCUGUAAUGUGUUUAAUCUAUAUACUUUGGUUGUUUUAUAGGGGAGGAGAAAUGAUAAGCAGGAAUACCUCUGAAUAUUUUUCCAUACUGUCUAACAUAUAGUUAGCUCACUUAUAGGGUGCGGGCAAUUUCUAUUUUGUAUCAGUAAGUUCGGAGUAUUCAUAUAUUGUCUCUGCUGUGUUAAAUCUGCCCAGACCCGUACUUUGCAACCUAAUCAAGGGCCAAGUUAAAACAAAACAGGUGUAUGCUGUACAUGCACUGGAGCCAGAAAUGCAGACAUCACAGGAAGGGGCAGAGUUUUAUUUAAAGGUAUAAUUUGAGGUAUGCAACUGAAAUUAAGCAGGGGGGGAUGAACCAAUUUUGAUUGGAAGUUUAAAAGACAAUUUAAUACUGUAUAUUCAUCCGCACUUUUGUUGAGACCCAACCCCAUGAUUCAUGAGACUGGAAUGUCACUAUAAAGAGACUUAAAUUUUGCUUAUCUUGGGUUGGGGGGAAUAGAAAAGACCUCAAUACCAUUGAACAAAGGAGAAUGGGAGCAAUGGGGUUGGAGUAAGAACCAUUAUUCACUCCAUCCUUUGAGAAUAUCAUUGGAUUAGAAGGUCAAAUCUAGCCUUGGCAGUAAACCCCUUGUACAUUUGCAUGGCUGUAAGCAUUGAAGCUAAAACCCACAGCAUAGCUCACCAGGCUCAGAAUCCUGCCUUAAGGAACAGUUGUAUUCUUCUGGAUUUCCGGUUGGGUCACCCUUUGCACCCCACCUCAGUGAUGUCAUGGUGCUAAAUCUCUGUGGUGCUUUCAUGAACUGGCCCUCUGUAUUAUGACAUGUGAGAUAUGUACAUUGAAACGUCAAGCACUGAUUGAACACAGGUUGUUUUGCGAUAAGGUCUGCAGCACAUUAAAAAGAAAGAUAUUCAGGAAAAAUAUGUAAAUUUAGUCACAAAAUUAAAAACAAAUU